AUGUCCGGUGAACCUCAGAAAGGAAAGUUAACAAUACGAAGAGGAUUCCGGUACUCUCUCUCUCUCUCUCUCUCUCUCUCUCUCUCUCUCUCUCUCUCUCUCUCUCUCUCUCUGGCCUCUUGUAUUGCCGUUCCACCUCUGUCUUUUUCUUUUCCUUUCGUUCGGUAUGUUACAUCAGCUUGUGAUGUGCUUUGCAGUUUCGUUCCUCUAUCCAUAAAUGCAUUUGCUGUUUAUUUAUGGAGGGGGAUGAUUAUCAUAAAAACAAUUGGCCGAGGACUUUUAUUUUCAGUUUUACUUUCGAAAAGUCAUGAGAUUCUCUCUCCCUGUAAUUUGUCCGAUCCUCAAAUAUCUUAUCUAGGGUCUCAGUGCCCAGCCUUCCACAACGAGGGAGGAGGGGGUGGAAUCUUUUCGUUUAUUUCAUCUAAGAAUAUCUACUUCCGCCUUCUCCCCUCCGCCACUUUCUCCUCCUCCUCUCCUUCCCUUUACUUCCUCCAUCCCCAGUCGCGUCAUCACUCGGCUUCAGGACGUAAAAUGCGAUCAGCGCCCGACCAAGCAAAAGUUGUUUUAUUUCUCUUCUCUUUAUUUCUCUCUCCUUCGCUCCUUCUUUCUCUCUCCCUCCUUCUCUCUCCCUCCUUCUCUCUCUCUCUCUCUUUUCACCUCUCUAUCUCUAUCUCUACUGAUAAUAUAUACCUCUCUUUCUCUUUCUCUUUCUCUCCUGCACUCACAAACACACUUACUCUAUUUCUCCUUCCCCAUCGCAAAUCGAUAUCUUUUAUAUUAAUGUUUCUUUCUCUUAUUCUUUUUCCUUCUCUUUCUCUCUCUCUCUCUCUCCCUCUCUAUCAAUCUUAUAUUAUUUCCUUCUUUCAAAUCAUUUAUAUUUAUUUUCUUUUAUCUUUUUUCUUUCUCUAG